AUGGUUAUCAAUUUGAAUGUAAGAGUUUUUAUCACUAAACUAACCAAACUCAAUGGAGUUCUAAAAGAUGAAAAAUGUGUUCAUGAUAUUCAUAAAAUUAUCAGAAAUUGUUCACUUAUUGUGGAAUAUAAACAGUUGAUUAUUUUACUGAAUUAUUCUACAUUUCAGUAUGUUUUGAUUUUACACUCGUCAAAAGCUCAAGAAGUUAAUCAACAUAGAACCAAUACAUCUCAUUUUUAA